GCUCCAACAGUUUAGUUGCCUUUAAUCGGGCCUAAAGUAUAGACAGGGCUACUUGUUGGUCGCCACACGGUAUAUUUCUUGAGCCUUUCCCUCUCGCUGAGAAUGAACAGCUUCAGUAUCGUGAAUUUUCACCGUAGUAAUAUCAUUUCGUGUGUUAUUAAUAAAAAAGGUUUUCAACGAUUUCGAAAUUUUCCCUGUUCGAUAAACAUUAAUUGUGUUUGAAACUUUUUUUUUUUGAUAUUGGUGGUUUCCCGCUGUCUUAUUAGUUAUAUAUAUAUUCUCGUUAUAAUAAGAAACGCGCCGGGAAUUUGAUUUUUUUUUAGGCAAACCGGGAGGCCGGUUUGCGUAACGUUAUUAAUUGUUCGUGCUGCGACAAAAGUGCAACUGUGAUUUUUUUGGAUUAUUUCAAGAGGUCUCGAAAUAAGACAAAAUGCAAGUAGUUUGGUCAGCGGAUGGUUUAAGUGCAUUCGAUUUGCAUUUAGAUAGUGCAACAGUAGUGUCCGAUGAUGUUUGGAAGAAAUUCGAUCUCGAUCUUACUCAAGAUUAUCAAAAAUACAGUGAGAGUCAAAAUCUAUUUGAUGACUUUCCAUUUUUUGGUGCUGAUUGUUUAGGCUCGUCUGAAAUAAGACAUCAUGAUUGUAUGUGGGCUGGUCUUUGCAUUAGUAAAGAGCACAAUAGUACAAUAGCAACAAAGAAAAAUCCUAAAGUACAUAAAAAAGUACCAGCGGGUCGUAGUCUCUUGAUACCAAAAAAUGAGACGACAACAACAACAACGACAGCAGCAGCGACUACAACAACAACGAUAGCACCUCAUCGUCAUCAUCAUCAUGCACAAAGUCAACAACAACAAUCAUUUUGUCGAACAAAAAGUUUAGAGAGUGAUGGAGAUUCAACGAGACCUGAAACACCGCAAAGUACUGAUUCAGACGCCGAAUCAGAUUAUGAACCACCAAUAUUUAGACACGAUCAGAUUAGCAUCAAUGAAAAACUAUCGGAAUGUUUUCUCGAUGCUGUUGUUAAGGCUGCGCCGGUUAGUGUUGUCACGGGUCAACAUGUUCGAACGCCGAGGAAAUCGAUUAAAAUUGAAAACAGCAUUAAGGAGGAAUCAGACAUUAGGCAUACACUCAGCGAUCAUUGCUAUCAUCUCAAUCAACCGGCUGUGACCCAAAGGCUCGAACAUCUCGGAGUUCAAACACCUUCCGAAUCCGGAUCGACUGGGUUUAGUUCAGAAACUGAGGAAGAAAUUGACGUGGUGUCCUAUGAGAAGCCCUGUAGACAAACAGUUGUCCUGCCCACAAUGCCAAGUAUAGAAGUUGAAUCGAAAUUCCAAACAACAGUGGUGAAAACAAUUUUAAAAGAAAAAUUGUCGAGGCCACGUGGUCGUCCACCACUAGCCUCAAAUGCCCGUAAACGUUCUGCACCAUCAUCAACAACAACCACCACCACCUCCUCAAUAACAUCAACGACAACAUCCUCAUCGUCAUCCUCAUCAUCGCCAUCAUCAAACGAGACGACAAAACGUUCGAAACGCAGUAAAUCACAUCAAAAGCGCAACAAAUACAAUGACAUCGAUGAUAUUCCACUUGCGCCAACAAAUGGAAUCAAAUGCAUUCCACCAUCGAGAAGUUCAUCAGAUUCAGAGCCAGACACUGAGAAGAGAAGUUUACAUAAUAAUAUGGAGAGACAAAGGCGGAUAGAUCUGAGAAAAGCAUUUGAGGAUUUAAGACUAAUGGUACCAGGUGUUAAAAGCAAUGAAAAAGCUCCCAAAGUUUCAAUAUUGAGACAGGCAGCUUCCUACUGUGAUAUGCUUUACAAGCAGGAUCUUGAGAUCCAUCAAUUGCGAUUAGAACAGGAGAGGCUAUUAGCCAGGGUCUCUCAAUUGCGAAGAGAAUGUCGUGUUGCACGUUGAUUCAAUUCCCCCCACCCCCCCCCCUUCACCUCCACCAUUAAAAAAAAAACCCUUCUCUAGUGUUUAGCAUUUAAUAUCAUAUACGGCUGUGGUUCAGAUGUUACACUGCUGAACCCAAAUUUUUUCUUUUUUUUUUUUUUUGUACAGGAAUCACAAUUUUUUUUGCUAAGAUCAAUCUUGUUCUUUUUUGUGGCUGGACCACGAGGCGAGAUUUUGUAUAUCAAAUUUUUUAGAUAUAAAGGAAUUUCUUUCUA